AUGUCGCAGCGGCAGCAACUUUCAACAGGGCCUCAGACAUCUAACAUUCCGCAGUCAACGCUCUAUUUGCAGUCGUCGUCAAUGGAUACUACGGAGCAGUUGACAGACGUUGAGGCUGACUAUCUGUUCUUCUGUGCCUACGAUGCUAAAGGUUGGGAGCAGGAGAACGUAGACGUCAAUGUUCCCAUGUUUUCAAAUCUACUUGAAGUUCUCGGCAAUACAGGCGCAGAGAAAAAGACUCAACGGCGUUAUCCUUACAGCAGGAUAAAGCAAGUCGGCGUCCAGUGGCAGAGGCCUCAGAACUCAAUGGAUAAGAGUGACCCGGGUCCAGUGAUCGGCCCUUGA